GACGACGUGAAUGUUGGUGUCGUCCAAUAGGGAAGCAGUCCGAUAGGGCGUAAAAAUUGCAGAAGGUUUUAGGAAGGAGCGACAGAUGUUGCAGCGCUACGCACUCCAGAGAAGUUCAGUGAUGGCUCUCAAAUCCCACCGCCUCCAUAACCUCACCGAUACGACGUCGCUCGGCGUAGCAAAGAAGCCAAGAACAAUGGCCACCGAAUCCUCCUCCUCCUCCAUGAAAGACGCCUUCACCAAAUACGCCGAUUACCUCAACAACCAAAACGAUAAACGCGAAAGAAUCGUGAAAGCGAGCCGUGACAUCACCAUGAACAGCAAAAAGGUCAUCUUCCAAGUUCACAGGAUGAGCAAGCACAACAGGGAGGAGGUUCUGCAGAAAGCCGAAAAGGAUUUGGCCUUCGUGACGGAUCAGUUCGUGGCCCGGCUGGUUAAGGAGCUCCAAGGGACUGAUUUCUGGAAGCUGCGACGAGCCUACUCGCCCGGGAUACAGGAGUAUGUUGAAGCUGCAACGUUCUGUAAGUUCUGCAGGUCCGGGGCGCUUUUGAAUCUUGAUGAGAUGAAUGCUACUUUGUUACCGCUCAGUGAUCCGUCUCUGGAGCCUUUGCAGAUCAAUGUCCUUGAUUAUCUCCUAGGGCUUGCAGAUUUGACUGGAGAGCUGAUGCGGUUAGCAAUCGGUCGAAUUUCAGAUGGUGAAGUUGAAUUUGCUGAGAAGAUAUGCAAGUUUGUGCGUGAAAUUUACAGGGAACUGACCGUAGUUGUGCCCUUUAUGGAUGAUAGUAAUGACAUGAAGACGAAAAUGGAUACAAUGCUUCAAAGUGUGAUGAAGAUUGAGAAUGCUUGCUUCAGUGUUCAUGUCAGAGGAUCAGAGUAUAUGCCUCUACUUGGAUCUGAGGAUCCAACUUCCUUUUUAUUAGGAGCGCCCAAUGUUGAUAUAUGAUGCUUGAUUUUGAGGAGCAAGGAUGGGAGAUGCACUCUUUUCUGGAAAGCAUUUUAGUUCGUCCUUGUCACUUGGGCACCCAUGACAAGAGAUUGCUACUUUCUUCUGAGGAGAAAGCUCCUUAAUGUUUUCUUUGGAGAGCAGUAAGCCUUUGAAACAGUUUUACUAAUUUCCUGUAAAUGGAUGGGUAUUACGAUUUUGAUUUGAAUAGCUUGGUAAAAACUCGGGCAAAAAGGUGUUAGACCCGAGGUUCACAUUAGAAUGUAGGAGCAGCCUACUACUGCUAAGCCAAACUUUCAUCCAAGUAUGUUGAGCUUCUUGUACAUUAUCUGUCUGAACUCUGAAUUUAUUACCCUUUUUUAUAGUAGGUGGUUUCAUGUUGCUCAAUAUUU